GCGUCGUACGCGCGCAGGUUGAGCCCGGUGCCGACGGCGAGCUCCAACACGUCGCCCUCGCACCGCGCGAGCGCGUCCGCGCGCAGCGCGUCCAGCCCCAGCGCGCGCGCCGCGCCGCCGCCGUCGAGCGCGUCGUACGGGGCGAAGCUCAAGCCGCUCGGGUACUCGAUUUUGUCUGGGUUGAUCCUGUACCUCAUUCCGGCCCCGGCCGGGGUGACGACGCAGGCGUGGAACUUGCUCGCGGUUUUCGUGGCGACGAUCGUCGGGAUCAUCACGAACCCGCUGCCGCUCGGCGCGGUGGCGAUGAUCGGGCUCGGCGUGAGCAUGACGACCGGGUUGUUGCCGUUCUCGGCUGCGUUCUCGGCGUUCUCGAGCGAGAUUCCGUGGUUGAUUGCGCUCGCGUUCUUCCUCGCCCGCGGGUUCAUCAAGACGGGUUUGGGCAACCGCAUCGCGUACAAAAUCGUGAGCUUGUUCGGCAAAUCCACGCUCGGUUUGACCUACUCCUUGGUGUUCUCCGAAGCUUUGCUCGCGCCAGCCAUCCCUUCUUUGGCCGCACGCGCGGGUGGUAUCUUCUUGCCCCUCGCCAAGGCGCUCUGCGUCGCGUGCGGCUCCGAUCCCGCCAACGGCACGGAGAAGAAGAUGGGCGCGUACGUCAUGACCACCGUGUUCCAAACCUCUACGAUCUCUUCCGGUAUGUUCAUCACCGCCAUGGCCGCUAACCCGCUUAGCGUGAACCUGGCGGCGUCCAUCACGGGCAUCACCAUCUCCUGGGCUCAGUGGGCCAUCGGUGCUCUCGUGCCGGGUAUCAUCUGCCUCGUCGCCACGCCGCUCAUCCUCUACGUCUUGUAUCCGCCGGAAGUCAAGGACUCGCCAGACGCUCCGGUCAAGGCGCAAGAAGAGCUCGCGAAGCUCGGUCCGAUGUCUGUUGACGAAAAGAUCAUGGCUGCUGCCUUGUCUCUGACCGUGGGUCUCUGGAUCUUUGGUUCCAAGUUCGGCGUCGGCUCUGUCGCCGCCGCGCUCAACGGCUUGGCCAUCCUCCUCGUCUCCGGUGUCAUCACCUGGAAAGAAUGUCUUGCCGAAGGUCCGGCUUGGGAUACGCUUGUGUGGUUCGCCGCGCUCAUCGCCAUGGCGGGUUACUUGAACACGUACGGUUUGAUUCCGGCUUUCUCCAAAGGCGUCGUCGGCGUCGUCUCCGGCCUCGGCUUGGCGUGGCAACCGGCCUUUGUCAUCGUGACUCUCGUCUACUUCUACUCUCAUUACCUCUUCGCCUCUGGUGCGGCGCACAUCGGUGCCAUGUAUAGCGCCUUCUUGUCGGUGCUCAUCGCGUGCGGUGCGCCGCCUCUCGUAUCCGCCUUGACCCUCGGCAUCUUGUCCAACGUCAUGGGCUGCACCACGCACUACGGCAUCGGCUCCGCGCCACCUUUCUUCGGUGCCGGCUACGUGCCGCUCGCCACCUGGUGGAAGAUCGGUUUCGGUAUGUCCAUCUUCUACAUCGCCACCUUUUUGGGCGUCGGUUUCCCGUGGUGGAAGAUCCUCGGCUACUGGUAGGCCAAACGUUGUCGCGCUACCAGGCAACUGCGAGAGCAGUUGGUUUUGGACAAUAACACAUGUACGUCGUCAAACGCGCGCGCGCCCCGCAUCAAUACCGCGCGAAUAUUCGCGUACGUUGACGUGGCAUAGUU